AUGCAUAAUUUUCUGUUUGGAAAUAGAAGAACAAAUUAUUCAAGUUUCAGUCCUUUUGGUUCUUAGAAAAACUUGAAACCAGGGAUCAUAAGUAAAAUAAAAAAUAAGAUUUAUGGUUUAUUUCAACCAACAAUUAACUAAUAAAGUUUAAUCCAACGGAUACAAACAUUCGAAGAUGAAAAUUUAGAAAAAGAACUAUCUAAUUAAUUUAAAAAUAAUCUUGUACUUAUUGAUCGGAUUAUACCUAAUUUAGAAGAUAAUUUAGGACUGAAAAGGAAGUGUACAUAUCCUUUUGAAUAAUAUAUAAAAGAUGAAUUUAAUACAGAUAAAAAAUAAUCUAAAUAAACACAAACUGAAUUGAAUAAUAAAUCAAGUGAUUCAUAGAUCAAAACAUAGAAUGUUAAAAAACAAAAGAAGUUUAAAAAAAAUCAAUCAAAAAUGUAUAAAUGUAGAAAAAUGGAAGGUAAUAUUUGUAAAUAAUAAUAAUAGAAAAUCCAAAAUAGUUAGAGUUUAACCUAAAUAAUCAAAAAUUAAAAUAAAAUUUACAAGAUAAAUAUGAAAAUUCUUCAGAUUGUUUAUCAAAUUAAUCAAAUAAGAAAUUUAAAUAGUUUGAUAGCUUUAGUGAGAGUAGUAUACCACUAAAAUAAUAAAAAGGUGAAACAAGUGAUUAUUUAUCACCAGUAAAAAUACUAGAGAAUUAGUCGAUUAUUUAAAAUGAUUAGAAAAAGAAAUAAAAAUCUGAUUCAAUAAAUAAGAAGAAGGAAUCUCUAUCUUCUGUGCAUAGCUCACCAAAUUAAGAAAGUGUGAAAGAUGAUUCAAAUAAAAAUAAAAACUUUUCAAAUUCAACUGGAACCAAUACAAAAGGAGAAGGGAAUGAAACAUUAAUAAAUUUUUAACAUGGGGAUAUCAAAUAAGAAGUUGAAGAAAAGAUAUAAGAAUUUAAAUAAAAUUAAGAUGAAAUAUUUUAAAAUACUUAAGAAUCCAAUUUGAAUCAAGUAUUUAAUUUUAUUAUUAAAGUAGAAAUAAGAACAACUUAAAGAAGACAAGAGUCAAAUACAAAAAUAAGAACUUUCUAUUGAUCAAACCUAAAAAAAAGAAAAAAAUGAUAACAAAAAUGAAAAUCUACAGUUUUAAUUCUUUGAAGGAUCAAACUUAACUUUAAAUUAAUUAAAUGAAAAUAAAGAAAUUAUUUAAGAAGGAACAAAAAUUGAAGAAUAAAAAUAAUUAAUAAAAAAUUAAAUAUUUUCACCUUCAAAAAUUAAGAAAGAAUAAGAUUAGACCUAAUCAAUUCAUCUUUAAGUAGAUGAAUGUUUGAAUAGAAUUGAUAAAUAAAAUAGUUUGAUUGAAAAAACAUCAAGUUUUUAAAAUUUAUAACCACAAUAAAAUAAAGAAAUUCAAAAAAAUAUACUUUAAACUAGUUUUUUGAAUAAUUAGAAUAAGUAAACAAUUGAUAAAAAUGAAAAAUUAUCAAAAGAAUAAAAUCCAUUUCUAGUACAAAGUCCUCAUAUCAGUUAUGAUCAAAUAAGUCUUUAUUUUUAAUCUAGUACAACAUCUAAUCUAAAUAAAUAAUGCUAAUCAUAAAAUUAAAAUUAGGCUGUGUUAGAUUUAUUUAAAAUAUCUACAUAAUCUCCUUAAAAAUUACUAAAUAAAACAUAAGAAAAAUUCAAUUCUUAAAAUUUAUAAUAAACAAAUAAUAAUUUUGGAAAUCCAAAAGUACUUCAAUAUUCAGUUAAUAAAUAAAUGGAAAUUAUUGAAUAAUCUCCAUAAAUCAAUUAGAUUAUUUAAAAUUAAUAAUAAAUAUUUGAGUAAACAAAACUUAAUUAUUAAUAGUAACCAACUUUAUAGAAUAAUCUAUUUUAAUAGUAAUAAUAAUAGUAAUAAUAGCAUUAUCCAUAAUAAUUGAUAUAAUAGUAAAGUUUCUAAUUAUAAAAUUCUUUUCCUUUAUAACAGCAUACUUCAAAUUAAGUUUCAAGCUUAAAUUUAUUCUAAACUAAUUCCUUCUAAUAAUAAUAGAAUGAAAUUAUGAAUAACCCUCUUCAUUUAAAAAAUGAUGUGUUAUCUCUUUUUUAGGAUACAAAAAAAUCUGAUAGAGGUGAAAAUUAAAUAUAUAUUUUAGAUAUUUUUUAGACAUAACAAUAUCAAUAGACAAGCUAGAGUUUGAAUAAUAGUUUUAAUAAGGGUAGAAAGAAGUAGAGGAUUAAUAAUUUUUGA